GAAGAAAGUUAUGAAUCUGAUUCAGAAAAAAGCGAUAAGUCACCUAUUACUAUCACAGAAGAGCCAUGGUUUAAUGCAUCAGCACAAAAAUCAUUACUUAUAAAACAAAAAAUCGCUAAAGAAAAACUUGCAGAAUUAAAUGAUCUUUAUCACAUUGCAUGA